CCAUUUUUAAAAUGAACGAGCAAACAGUUUAUAUCCCUCCAGAGGAAGACGAUGAAAAAAUGCUAUUGAUAAAGGAUGAACCAGAAUUCUCCAAAAAAAGAACCGUAGUCAUCAUUGUCUCAUUAUUUUACAUGUUUUAUGUUAAAAUGUACCUCCUAGUAAUUUUUGGCAUAACCCGACCUCAGCGCCAAUUCAUACAAGAUUUCUUAAAAACUCCACUGUUUUGGUACAAUAUGGCCUUUUUAGCUAUCAACAUCAUCCCAUAUAUCAUACUUGCUAUUAAGAAGACGCCCGACGAUAAUUAUCCCGUCCUGAAAAAUAUUAUUAAGACAAAGACAAAGCUCUCUCGCAAAAGUUCAGUUUUACGGAUUGUCGUAUUUAGUGCCUUAUGUAACUUUAAUGUGGUACAGCUGUUAGAGAUGGUGAUUUACCCAGUGCUUUAUUGGUACAACUAUGGUCAAUCAAGUGUCACAUGCAAUUCCAUCGUUGCUUUUUCUCUUUACUUGACCGCGUUUUACUUGAGUCUAAAAAUUUGGAUCAUGUUUGUCACAAGUAGUUAUCGUGCUGUGUUUGACACCUUCACCAUUUGGAGAUUUGCCAUGCAACGCUCAAGAUCAUCAGACGCUGUACAAGUCUAGAUAUCUUGUCGUCUAGCUUCUUUUUACCCUUUUCAAUUUCCUAUUUUAAUCGUUCUUUCCUAGGACAUUUACUUUAUGAAUAAUGCUUAUAUCAAAAGUAAAAGCUCAAACAUUAUCGGUAAUUAAAAGCAUCCUGACAUUUAAGCCAUAUCUUGUUUAUCAGUUUAUAAAUAAAAACUUGUCCGUCCAUUUUUUAUUCUUU